GCAGUUUUACAUUUCAAUCCUCCUCUUUCUCUUUCUUCUCUCUUUUUAGGUCUCUCUCUCUCUCUCUCUAAUCUUUCUCAAUUUCUUCCUCUUUUCUUCACCUCUCGACUUCUCGAUUUAUCGCUUCGAUCAAGGCCUUUUUCUGGGCUUCGAAUUUGAAACUGAAGAUCGGGUUAACUGCAGAAAAUGGAAUCUUCCAAGGAGACAGGCUGCCAAGCUCCAGAAGGCCCCAUCCUUUGCAUCAACAACUGUGGGUUCUUUGGUAGUGCAGCCACCAUGAAUAUGUGCUCCAAGUGUCACAAGGACAUGGUACUGAAGCAGGAACAAGCUAAAUUUGCAGCUACAUCAAUCGAAAACAUUGUAAAUGGAAGCUCAAGCAGUAAUGACAAAGAGCCUAUUGUCACUGGUUCAAUCAAUGUGCAACCGGGAUCAGCAGAAUUAAAGGUUAUCUCUACAGAAGCAUCUUCUGAUUUAUCCUCAGGCCAGAGUUCAGAGGUGAAGCCAAAAGUGGGCCCAACUAGGUGCACUACUUGCCGCAAGCGUGUGGGCUUAACAGGGUUCAAUUGCAAGUGUGGAAAUCAUUUCUGUGCAGCUCACCGUUAUUCAGACAAGCACGACUGCCCAUUUGAUUAUAAGAAUGCUGGUCGGGAUGCUAUUGCUAAAGCAAAUCCUGUUGUUGUAGCAGAAAAGCUAAACAAGAUCUAGGAAGCCUCUAUUGAAUGUUAUAUGAACUGAAGUAUGAUGUUCUUGCUUUAAAAUCUGUUGGUCUUGGCCUUUUGUCGUAUAAGGUGUCCCUUAGAUGUCAAUGGUAUAAGAUGUCCCUGUUCAAAAAUGGUAUAAGUGAUGAAAGUAGGGCACAAUCAUUAUAUCUCCAGUUUGUAAGUUGUUAUUUUUGCUGGCUUGGUGGAUAUCUUCAUGGACCUUGUA